UAUGGCGAAAGCUCUGGAUAAGGACCACGUAGAUAUUCUGUAGAACUAUAGAGAUUGAUCAUUCUCUCUCUCAUCUAAAUUCAUACACAUUUCUCUGUAUUGAGUUAUGCAUUUCCCUUCCUCUCUCGCAAUUCGAUUUGAUCGCCUUUUCUGAUUGAAGAACUGACAGUGAAUCAGUGACACUGUACGCUCUUUACACCCAUCGAUUUCCGUUAAUUUUCUUCCGGCGGUGAGAUGGCGCGGAUGCUACUGAGCUCUGCGGCGAUCGACGCCGGAGGAGUCGGAGAACUGUCCGCCUCCUGGUGGAACGACAUCAACGCCUCCGUACAAUGGCAAGACGGAAUAUUCUUCACGCUUUGCGCUGUUUAUGCCCUCCUUUCCUCCGUCGCCCUUAUUCAAUUGAUAAGAAUCGAACUAAGGGUGCCUGAAUAUGGAUGGACUACUCAAAAGGUUUUCCACCUGAUGAAUUUUGUUGUGAAUGGAGUGCGUGCUGUUGUGUUUGGAUUUCAUAAGCAAGUAUUUUUUCUGAAUAUCAAGGCCCUAACUUUGGUACUCCUAGAUCUUCCUUACAUGCUGUUCUUUUCUACAUAUACACUUCUUGUCCUUUUCUGGGCUGAAAUAUAUCAUCAGGCUAGAAGCAUGCCAACAGAGAAAUUGAGAAUCUUCUACAUUUCUAUUAAUGGUGCAAUCUACGUAAUACAGUUUGGUAUCUGGUUGUACCUUGGAUUAGAUGAGAACGUCAUUAUACAAUUCAUCGGAAAGAUAUAUAUAGCAGUGGUAUCAGUCAUAGCUGCUUUGGGCUUUGUAAUAUAUGGAGGAAGGCUAUUUUUCAUGCUGAGACGCUUCCCCAUUGAAUCCAAAGGGAGGAGAAAGAAACUUCAUGAGGUUGGAUCUGUGACAGCUAUAUGCUUCACUUGUUUUGUUAUAAGGUGCUUCGUGGUAUUGCUGUCGGCUUUCGAUUCAGAUGCAUCAUUGGACGUCAUGUACCAUCCAGUUCUGAAUCUGAUCUACUACAUGCUCGCCGAGAUCCUUCCUUCAGCUCUUGUCUUGUUCAUUUUGCGCAAGCUACCGCCUAAAAGAAUAUCUGCUCAGUACCAUGCCAUCCACUGAAGGCCUGAGUCGCUCACAACAUUCAUGUCGUUGGUGGUGACAUCUGACUGAAUCUGGUGCUACUGAAGAUGAAGAUGAAAAUGAAAAUCAACGCCUUGAACGAGAAAAAGAUGAAUGUCUGUCAAAUAUAUUGGUUAAAUUUUUUAAUCUCUAGUUUAGGUUAUUAGUUGUCUAGUAGGAAAUUAUAGAAAUAAGUUGAAUGCUAGUGUAUUGUUCUCGUAGUUCUCCAAUAAAAGCAAAACACAGAGCAUCACAUAAA